GUUCUGUGGCAGGCUUUCACUUGAGUCAUAUAGCUUGUUUUUUUGCUGUUUUUGUUAAACUCUGGAACACCUGAAAUUAACAACGAAGGUUAAUUUGCCUCUCUGCAGCUUCCUUUUUUCUCACCAUGGGAUAGGAUCAUAUCAGCCUUUCCCUUCUGCAUCCUGGGAUUGAGGAAGAACAACAAACUCCCCACUUAGGAAUGUUAACACAGUGAGCAAUGCAGCCCUUUUCUACUGAGAGGGUGGCUACAGAAUGCCUCACACACAUGCACACUUUUUCUGCUGUCCUUCCCAAACAAGAUUUAGGUAGCAACUUGAAUAUCAAGUCAUAACACAAAUUAUAUUUUAGCCUACUUUAAGUACAGCUUUUUUGCCACAUUUUUGUUUGUAAAGUUUAGUUUUCCAAAUUUGGUGUAGAGAAAAAAAGCCUUUCCAAUUAACAGUCCUUACCUGCACACUCCUGAGGCACCCUCUGACAAGGCAUGGAUAUUUUUGCCAUUGAUGGAUUAUUCACUAAGCUGCACCCUGCAUGAAGGUCCCCAGCAUGUUUUCCAGUAUUGCUAAAUGGGGUGGUGGUGACUUGUAUUUAUCAGACAGAGGGAAAGUAGUUUAUUUCUACUUCAUCUAUGUGGCUGCUAUGGACACAAGCUAAUAUCAGUUCAGGAGCUCCUGGCUGCUGGGCCUGAAGGAGGAUGGAGGAGAUCCUGGCUAAGCUAUGUGGGACCAGUCCAAUAGACCCACUCCCUGUGUGGGUCCACUGCAACGUUGGGCACUGUUUUAACCAGCUGUUUCUAAAUAUUGUGCCUCAUGCAAUCCUUGCUGUAAUUAGUGCCUGCUACAUAGGAAUACCAAGGUCUUUUAAUUUUGGAAAUGUCUACAGGCCUGGCUGGAAAUACAGAAUUGCUGCAUCCUUUCUCCUUGCUGGUUUGUUCAUCCUUGACAUAAUUCCAGUAGCUAUUUGGCGACAGGAAUUGGACUCCUUAUACUUGGAAAUACUGACAAGUGGCAUAGCCACAUUGGCAUGGCUUACUCAUUGCCUGGCACUGUUUGUUCUUUACAAAUCUCCAUACAGUUUUGGCCGUGGCCCUGCUCUUCUACUGAUCCUUGUCUUCUUUCCAAUCCCAUCCCUUAUUAUCACACUGGUCUGGCACUUCCAAACUGAGAUGAAUGGUCAGCACCUCCAACCUGUAACCAUCUUCAGAGUCUCUAUCAUCUGUCUGCAGCUGGCGUCUUUGCUUCUCUAUGUAAUUGGAUAUAUCAUUCCUGUUGCUUACAGGCAAGACUUUGGCGCUAUCAAUGAUAAUUGGCAGCAUGAGCCCCUUAUUACAGACUCAGGCAUUUCUGCACCCAUUUGGCAGGGAGUGGCAGAGGAUGGAGAGAGUUGGCUCUCACGUUUCUCCUAUGCUUGGAUGAACCCCCUUAUGAAGCGUGGCUACCAGUGGAUGCUGAAUCGGCCCCAGGAUGUCUGUCAGCUACCUCAACAGCUCCGAACAGCCAGAGUCCGUGAGCGAUUCUAUUUCUGCUGGCAGAAAAAAGCAGCUCUCAUUCAAGCAGAUGGAGAGACCACAUCUUCCACCAGUGAUGUGAGAAGCAAUGCAUCCCCUUCUUCAGAAUGUCCUCAUGAGACUCAAAAGUCUGUGCAUCUCCUUGCAGUGUUGCACGCAGCCUUUGGGCUACGCUACUACUCCCUAGGCCUUCUCAAACUGGCUGGCAGUCUCUUGGGAUUCUCUGGGCCUCUGCUUCUGAACCUGCUGGUCAGUUUCAUGGAGACAUGCCAAGAGCCUCUAAGUCAUGGGGUGCUGUAUGCCCUGGGGCUCUUUGCUGGUUCCUUUCUGGGUGCCAUUUUGUGUAACCAGUUCAGUUAUGAGGUAAACAAGAUGAUGUUAGUAGUGCGCACUGCUGUCAUCUCUACCAUCUACCAGAAAGCCCUGCGGGUGAGUGGGAGUAGCCUAGCUGGGUUCACCACAGGAGAGAUUGUCAACUUUAUGAGCACUGACACUGAUCGGUUGAUCAACUUCUGUUAUAGUUUCCAUGAGUUGUGGAGUCUCCCUGUCCAAUUUGCCAUCACUCUCUACCUCCUGUAUCAACAAGUAGGCAUAGCCUUUCUGGUAGGACUGGCUCUGGCUCUGCUUCUUGUGCCCAUUAAUAAAGUCAUUGCAAAUCGCAUCAUGGAGAAUAACAAAGAGAUGCUGAAGCACAAGGAUGUCCGCAUCAAGCUGAUGACGGAGUUCUUGUUUGGCAUGCGGGUGAUCAAGUUUUAUACCUGGGAGCAGCAUUUUGGGACUAAAGUGUAUGCUUGUCGAACCAAGGAACUAAAGAGCCUGCGAGCAAUCAAGUACUUGGAUGCAGUGUGUGUUUACCUCUGGGCAGCAUUGCCUGUGGUUGUUUCCAUCAGCAUCUUCAUCACCUAUGUUCUGCUAGGACAUCAGCUCUCUGCUGCCAAAGUAUUUACAGCUUUGGCACUUGUUGGAAUGCUCAUACUCCCUCUCAAUAAUUUUCCCUGGGUGUUGAAUGGGAUCUUGGAAGCCAAAGUGUCUCUGGAUCGAAUCCAGCACUUCCUUGAACUCUCAGACCAGAAUUUGGAUACUUACUACAGCAGAGCUGGCCCCUCCGAUCCCUCUUCUGCUCUGGAAAUGCACCAUUCCACUUUUUCAUGGUCACCAGCAAGCCAGGGAAAUGCUGAACAGCAGCUGACCAGAGGAAGCCUGCAGCUCUCCAUUCAGGAUCUUUUGGUGGCAAAGGGUACACUAGUGGGGGUCGUUGGGAAGGUUGGAUGUGGGAAGAGCACUUUGCUUGCAGCUAUCACUGGAGAACUCAGUAGUUCAGGCGACCUGGUUUAUGUCUGGAAUUUGGAGAAAGGGUUUGGCUUAGCCUCUCAAGAGCCCUGGAUCCAGUUUACCAGCAUCCGUGAGAACAUUCUCUUUGGGAAGGAAUACGAUGCCAGAUUUUACCAGAAAGUAGUAGAGGCUUGUGCUCUCUCUGAUGACUUGAAUAUCUUACCAGCAGGCGAUCAAACAGAAGUGGGCGAGAAUGGAGUGACUCUCAGCGGAGGACAGAAAGCUCGAGUUGCACUCGCUAGAGCUGUUUACCAGGAGAAGGAAAUAUACCUUCUUGAUGAUCCUCUGGCAGCUGUUGAUGCAGAUGUAGCCAAUCACCUUAUGCAGAAGUGCAUUCUGGGAAUUCUCAAGCAUAAGACCAGGAUUCUUUGCACCCACAGAACUGAGUUUUUGGGAAAGGCUGACAUCUUAUUGCUGAUGGACAAUGGCAAAAUACUCAAGACAGGAACCCCAUCGGAGAUUUUACCACUGGUGGAAGCUGCCCCUGAGCUUAGGGAGACAGACAAGAGAAGGAAGGACAAAAUACCCACUGAAUAUAGCCAAGAGGAGGAUGUAGAACCUGAGGAAGAAGAAACAAAUCAAGCAAACUGCCUUCUCAAUCGGGAAGAAGAGAAGAAAGAAGGGGCAGUGGCUUUCCAAGUCUACAAAGUAUAUUGGCUAGCUAUUGGCAGCUGCCUGGCAUUCUCCAUCCUUCUCUCCUUGCUGCUGAUGCAAGCUUCUAGGAACAUCUCUGAUUGGUGGCUGUCAAACUGGAUCUCCAGCCUUCCCCGUGCAGAAAAUACCUCUGUCAGAAACCUGUCAGCCCUUCCUUCAUCACAGCUGCUGCUCUUCUCCCAUGGAGGACUCAUUUCCCCAGUCAUGGCCUCCACCCCUUCAAAUGGCUCUUUGGAUGUGAACUUCUACCUGACGGUAUACGGCAGCAUUGCUGGGGCAAACUCUGUCUUCACCAUCCUGCGGGCCUUCCUCUUUGCCUAUGGUACCAUCCACGCUGCUACUAUCAUUCACACCCGAUUGCUUAGAAGGGUAAUGAAGGCCACAAUGACCUUCUUUGACACUACACCGACAGGCCGGAUCCUUAAUCGCUUCUCCUCGGAUAUGUACUGUGUGGAUGACAGCCUUCCCUUCCUCCUCAACAUCUUCUUGGCCAAUGUCUUUGGGCUGCUUGGCAUGCUGGUAAUGAUCACCUAUGGGCUGCCUUGGAUUGGUCUCGUCCUGUUGCCCCUGGCAGCCAUCUACUACUCCAUUCAGAGCUACUACCGACGCACCUCUCGCGAACUCAAGCGCCUCUACAGUCUCACCCUGUCCCCUAUCUACACUCACUUCUCAGAGACUUUGACGGGUCUCAGCACAAUCCGUGCAACAAGGGCCACAGAGAGGUUUGAGACAGAGAACCAGCUGCGGCUGGAGCUGAACCAGCGCUGUCGUUUUGCCAGCAACACUGCCAUGCAGUGGCUAGACAUUCGACUGCAGAUGAUCGGGGUAGCUGUUGUUACAGCUAUUGCAGGAAUCGCCAUCAUUCAGCACCAGAGGAAACUGGGAGAUCCAGGUCUUGUGGGCCUGGCACUCUCCUAUGCCCUGUCAGUCACAAACCUGCUGUCUGGACUGAUUUCCAGCUUCACCCAGACAGAGACCAUGAUGGUGAGUGUAGAACGGACAGAGGAGUAUUCAACAGACAUCCCCAUAGAGCUCCAGGACGAGCUAAUCCAGGUUGCACCUGAUUGGCCAAGUCAAGGUCACAUAGAGUUCCAGCAAGUAGUACUGGCCUAUCGGCCUGACCUACCCAAUGCCCUGGAUGGAGUAACUUUCACCAUCUAUCAUGGGGAGAAGAUAGGGAUCGUUGGACGCACUGGAUCUGGCAAAUCCACUCUCUUUUUAGCCCUUUUCCGUAUGGUGGAGCUGAGAGCUGGCCAGAUCCUCUUGGAUAAUAUCAACAGCUGUUCUGUUGGCUUGAAGAAGCUGAGGUCUAGAAUGGCCAUAAUCCCCCAAGACCCCUUUUUGUUUAGCGGGACAGUCCGUGAGAACUUGGACCCCCAGGGGCAAUACACAGAUGCUGACUUGUAUCAAGUCCUGGAGCAAUGCCAUUUGCAGGAGGUGGUUACAGAGAUGGGUGGGCUGGAUCGUGAGCUAGGAGAGAGAGGAAAGAGUCUCUCCGUGGGACAAAGACAGCUGGUUUGUCUAGCAAGGGCCCUCUUGACCCAGGCCAAGGUUCUGUGCAUUGAUGAGGCUACAGCAAGUGUGGAUCAGAAGACAGACAGGUUACUCCAGCAGACUAUCCGCCAGCAAUUUGCCGACAAAACCGUGCUGACAAUCGCUCACAGGCUUAACACCAUCUUGGACUCGGACCGAGUGCUAGUGAUGCAUGCUGGGAAGGUGGCAGAGCUCGAUUCUCCUGAUGUUCUCAGCAAGAAGCAGGACUCCUUGUUUCAGCACCUCCUGCACAGUGGGCAGCAGUGAUCUCCCUGCAGAGACGCUGAGACUUGGCAGUUAGUCAGGUCUGGGCUCAUGACUGUGAGCUUUCCUGUCUGCAAAGUGAUCCCUUCCCCCUGCGAGUCUCCUCCAGACCGAGCUUAAGGGAAUAUGUACUCCACACCUGCUGGAUAUCCUGUUUAUUACAUGGGAGCAAGCAACAGAACAUUCUCCACCAAUACAAGGACCGAAGCAUGUGUCAGCAGAUGUAUCCUGCACCACAGACUGAAAAGAGUGGGGCCUAUGAAGAGCGGCAUUCCCCUGUGCAUGUGGAUGGAGAAUUGUGACUUCCACACAAGAAUCCAGGCAAAUUAGUGUUCCCUUGUUAAAGGGCCUGUGAGUUUUUAAUCAAUAUAUUUGAUAUCCUUCUUAAGAACCAUCUUCCCUCAAGAAUAAUCAAUACUAUUUACCAUUACUACUUACCACUGAAUCAUCAUUACUACUUACCACUGCUGGUCAUCUUUUCCUCACAUUUGUCCUUUCUUCCCCACCCAUUGUGCUCUGGGGCUCAGUAACUCUGGAGAAAAUCUAGCAACUUCUUCCUGAAUUUGGCUUAACUGGCAGAAAACCUUUUUACUAGGAGCUGUUUAAUACCCUCUUGAUACAAAAUUUGUAAGGUAAAAUCUAGUGCAACAACUCUGACCUAACCUAGUAAAAUGCUGAGGAGUAAGGAUAGACUGCACCACUUCAGACUUGCAGGUAAGACAUAUUUCUGAAUGUUCCUCCACGUUAAACGAAACUCCCUGCAAAUAGAAAUCUAGUACAUGAGAGAGAGAGAUUCUAGUCUAACCAUUUCCUUUGUUGUGUUUGUUUUCUUAAUGGAAAUUUAUUUUAUUUUUAAUGUAGGAAAAUAUUAAAAUGUUAUUCCCCUC